AUGGCUCCCAUUGAGACGGACAAGGCUGUUUACACCAACGAGGGGGCUUAUCACCGCAAAGGUGCUGCUACCGAUACCACCGAUCAGGACGUCGCAACGUACACGUGGCAGGAUGUAGCAAAGCACAACUCGGCAAAGAGCGCGUGGGUUAUCAUCCGCGGGGUGGUCUACGAUGUCACUGAAUGGGCAGACCGUCACCCUGGCGGCCGCGAGCUCGUGCUCCUGCAUUCUGGACGCGAGUGCACGAACACGUUCGACUCGUAUCACCCUUUCUCGGACCGCGCGGACAAAAUCUUGAGCAAGUACGCGAUCGGCAAGCUUGUUGGAGGGGCCGAGUUCCCUACGUACAAGCCUGACACUGGCUUUUACAAGGAGUGCUGUGAUCGUGUGAACCAGUACUUUAAGGACAACAAGCUCGACCCGCGGAACCCGUACUCGGGGCUGUGGCGGAUGUUGGUGGUGGCAAUCGUUGGAGCGAUUGCCUACAUGGGCAUGAAUCAGCUACUCUCCGACAACAUCUACGCCCACUACACAUGGGCUGCUGUGUUUGGUGUGUGUCAGGCACUGCCGCUGCUGCACGUGAUGCAUGACGCCUCGCACGCUGCUAUCACUAGCAGUCCAACCGGCUGGACUCUGAUCGGACGUCUAGCUAUGGACUGGGUUGUUGGGGCGAACAUGGUGUCGUGGCUUAAUCAGCACGUAGUUGGCCACCACAUCUACACGAACGUCCCUGGAGCUGAUCCUGACCUUCCAGUGGACUUCAAGAGCGACGUCCGUCGUAUUGUCCACCGCCAGGUGAUGUUGCCGAUUUACAAGUACCAGCAUAUCUACCUCCCACCCCUCUACGGUGUGCUUGGCCUCAAGUUCCGUGUGCAGGACAUUUUCGAGACAUUCAUCUCGCUCAAAAAUGGUCCACUGCGUGUGAACCCGCACUCGACUGGCGACUGGGUGGAGCUCAUUCUAUCGAAAGCCUUCUGGGCGUUCUACCGCCUGUACAUUCCGCUGGUCGUGUUGCAGGUCGAUCCUUCUCGCUUCUGGGGUGUCUUCUUUGCGGCUGAGUUUGUGACGGGCUGGUACCUGGCCUUGAACUUCCAAGUGAGCCACGUCUCCACGGCGUGUGAUUAUCCGGGUGACGAGAACGAAGGAGUCACAGCCAUCAACGAUGAGUGGGCUAUCUCGCAGGUGAAAUCGUCUGUGGACUACGGGCACGGUUCGCCCCUGACGGCAUUUCUUACUGGCGCGCUCAACUAUCAGGUGACGCACCAUCUAUUCCCGGGCGUGUCGCAGUACCACUACCCGAAGAUUGCGCCGAUCAUUAUGGACGUGUGCAAGAAGUACAACAUCAAGUACACAGUGCUUUCCACGUUUACUGAAGCUCUGACGGGCCACUUGGACCACCUCGUCGUCAUGGGCAAGAUGGGCAAGCGCGUACCCAUUCACAUGGGCUGA